AUGGCCACGAUGACGGAGCAGAUGCAGCUCAAGGGCACGCUCAAGGGCCACAGCGGCUGGGUGACACAGAUCGCCACGAACGCGCGAUACCCGAACAUGAUCAUCUCGUCCUCCAGAGAUAAAACGAUAAUUGUAUGGAAGCUUGAUUCGGAUGAUCUGUCGACGGGCUAUGGGGCGCAGUUGGGUGGCAAGGCGGAGAGGGCUUUGAGGGGUCACGGGCACUUCGUUUCUGAUGUUGUGAUGUCUUCGGAUGGCCAGUUCGCGCUUUCCGGAUCCUGGGACAAAACAUUGCGUCUGUGGGAUCUUUCUACUGGCGUGACAUCGAGGCAAUUCGUGUCGCAUACCAGAGAUGUAUUGUCAGUGGCGUUCUCGGCCGACAACCGGCAGAUUGUUUCCGGAUCUCGGGACAAGUCUAUCAAGUUGUGGAACACUUUAGCGCAGUGCAAAUAUACUGUUAACGAAGAUUGUCAUACAGAUUGGGUGUCAAAUGUGCGGUUUUCGCCGUCCAGUUCAAAUCCCGUAAUUGUGUCAGCUGGCUGGGACAAAUUGGUCAAAGUUUGGAAUCUCGCCAACUGCAAAUUGAAAACCAAUCAUAUUGGCCACACGGGCUAUAUUAAUACAGUUACUGUUUCACCGGAUGGUUCGCUCUGUGCAUCCGGUGGCAAGGUAUUCGAUUCUGCUAUCAAAAAUAUAACUUUGCUUUUUGGUACAACUGCUGUGAGGAAAUUUCUGUCAACCGAAUCAUGA